GAUAACAAUAGUCUGAAACGCUUAACACUCUCUAUCCAACCACUUCACUGCAGACGUCGAAGAUUCGAGACAUCGAAGCAAAGCUAGUCUUUUGUGAAUGCUAGCAUAAUAUUGAAAUUGUCACAAUGAAAUCGGUUAAUAUAAAUACUAAAGAUUGCACGAAGGUUAUUGUGUACGCGUUCGAUAAAGUUUGUUUUGAAACUAUGGUAUUCCCUCACACGGUCGGUCAUGAGUGCAUGGCUUUUGCUAUCCACCAACUUGGAUUAACAGACGCAAGAUAUUUCGGUUUCCGUCAUGUCACUAGUGACUUGAGAGUUGAAUGGAUUGAUUUGAAUAAACGUUUGGGAAAGCAACUCGACAAAGAUUGUAAGCAACAUUGUUUUUAUUUUGGAGUGAUGUACUAUAUAUCGCGUGCUUAUAACAUUAAAGAUGAGGUUGCACUGUAUCAGUAUUUCAGGCAACUUCAUGUUGAUUAUUUAUAUAGUCAGUAUGAUUGUUUACUUGAAAGGGCUAUCAAACUGGCUUCGUUUUACCUUCGAGUGAUUCUAGGUCCAUACGAUCCCCAAAAGCAUACGGCUGCGACAGUGAGCCGCCAGCUUCUUUUUCCUGUUAGCAUAUGGAAGGACGAGAAAAUUGCUGCAGAUGCUCAAGAAAAAGCUUUUCAGAAUUACCAAACCCUUAAUAUAACUUCUAAAACUAGUAUGGUUUUUUAUAUAAUUGAAUUCGAGUCUGCGACGUACUACGGACUAGAGUGUCACUCUGCCCUGCUUUCCGAGAGACGAGAGGCGGUGCAUCUAAUAACAUCCUACAAUGGUAUCAUGAUAAAAUAUUUAACAUCCCCUAAUGCUUUACUCCUCAAGUGGUCAGAUAUUGUCGCAAUCACACGCUCUCAAAAGUCUAGUAUAAUUAUCCAACAGCAAUCUCGCUCCAUACAACUAGAACUGGCUGAUAAGAACAGAGCAAAAUAUUUCUUCCAAAUGGCUUUCCUUUUGAUGCACUUUUAUCAAGAUAAUCCAGAGUUCUGCGACAGAUCGUCAAAGGAACCUGCCAAGCCUGACGGCUACGAAUCUUACUCAUUGCUGCUAUCAACUUCUCAGUCGGAGACUCUGAGAUCCGUUCUUCGUUACCAGCAGUCGCUGACUUCUAUUCCUGACAACAUUCAGUUAUCUCCAAAAACUCUUCAUGAAGCUGCUGAAACUGCGGAAUACCUCCUCGCACAACCCUCACGUCCAAAACAAACUGCUCUAGGUGCAACAGAAGCAAUUGCUAGGCCAUCGAAACCCGUAGCGAGUGUCAGAACUGCUGAGGUACGUCUUGAUGAAGAAUUUUUCUUGACUCAUUCUAAGGAUAUAAAAUAUGAAGCGAAGAAACUUAACAAAGGUUGUCAAACGCAACCUUUUUUGACAUCUAUGAUUAAUGAGCGAUUCCAGAAGUAUACUGAAGCUAGUCCGAUGCGUUUACUUUCUCAAACUGUAAAAAAUAUUCUGCAGUAUCUAGAUGAAAUAGAAAAGACGGAACGUGAAACCCAAGCGGAUAUUAAAUCUAAACAAAGUACGGGAAAACAUUUCUCCGAUUCGCAACCAUUGCAAGAAUGUGGCAUUCCUUAUAGACCUCCACCCAAAUAUCCAUUUCCAAAAACCAAGUCGAAGGAUACGGACAUAGACUAUACGAAACCUAUUACCCCAGGGCAAAUUUUGAAGAGAAUUCAAGACAUCCAAAUACGAGAUAAAAGCACUGAGGCUGUUUCACCCGCUAAAUCGGAGAAAAGUAAAGAGUCAAAAGUUUCUGAAACUCCUAUGCUGCCUAGUAGGGAGUACGCACGUCUGGAACCUGCGAAAAGUGAGCCAGUUCAUCAAUCCCUAUCUAAAGCGGAGUUGUUGGCCCUAGAUGAAAGUUCUAAAGGAGCUAAACAUAAGCAUUCCAAGAAGCCAUUUAUUAUGGUGGCUUCAAAUGCACUUAAAGAAAUUCGAAGUAGAGAUAAAUAUGAAAAUCUGCAACGUAAAUUAAAUGAGGGCCAGGUUUUCGCUGAGUUUCGCUCAACUGGCGUAAAAAGUCAACAAAUGCCUUGUUCUGUUGGUUAUCAUUUUGAAAACGCUAUUAGAAACCGCUAUCAAUCUGUUGUACCUUAUGACGAAAAUCGUGUACAACUGACUGGAAGACUUGAGAAUGUAUUCGGUUAUAUAAAUGCGUCUAGUAUAAAAUGGAGACGCGGUCCGCAUGAAUUGAGCUUCAUUGCAGCUCAAGCGCCGCUAAAAAAUAAUCUCGAAGAUUUUUGGCAAAUGGUUUGGGAACAAAAGGUUUCUAUAAUAAUUAUGCUGAAUUCUAUAGAUAACGAGAGUAAACUUGGCUGUUGUCUGUACUGGCCUCAAGAAUGGAAUCUUGAUCAAAAAUUUCAGAGUGGACCGUUUACAGUUACUUUCCAUACUUAUAGGAGAACUCCCGAGUACUAUUUGGAUGUUCUGACUAUCACCGAUCCUUCUGGUGAGCAACAGCUAAUAAGUAAUCUUCAUUUCACUCAAUGGUCACAAGAUGAUUGUCCGUGUGAUUUAUCAAUUUUUGUCAGCUUUUUGGAAGAGAUUGAAUCUGUACAAAAUCUUAUGCGCACUAAACAUCCCGUCCAAGCUCCUAUCGCUGUGCUGUGUCAUGAUGGAGUUGGUCGUACUGGUGUCCUAAUAAUGUCUUAUAUUAUGAAAUAUUGUCUAAAGUGUGACCUUGAAAUGAAUCUGCAAAAUUUGCUUGGCUUCCUCCGCUCCAAUAGAAUGCUUAUGGUUACUUCAUUAAAACAAUAUAUUUCCGUUUAUGAAGCUUUGAUUUAUUUCCUGAAAGGACAAUUUUCUCCUCCAAAAACGUAUCUCGUUGGUCCAUUUAAGAUUUAAAUAGUCUGAAAUUAUACGACUUUAAUCGUAUGGAAUUUAUACAUUUUUCUUUUGGAACUACAUUUUUCACGAGAGUACUUUCCUUUUAAAAAAAAAUUGCAAUAAAGUGGAAAACUAAGACAUCUCAUGAGACAUUUUAUUUUUAACUAACCUAAGGGAAACCCUUUACUUUCAACAAUUUCCUACGUGUAAAUUAUCAACUACCUGAAGCUUCGAAGUUUUGCGAGAGCACCAAGUUAAAUGUCGAGUGUGGAAAUUAAAAAAAAUAUGCCUCUCAUAUAUUCACAAUAUUGUCUAUUCAGCUUUUUAAAGCUUUAAUUGGAAGAAUUUGUUGUUUGAACUGUUUAGAUGCAGCUGUAAAAAAAUUUUUCUAGAAAACUUUUCCUCUAGAAGAGUGAGAAAUAGAACCCCCAUAACUGAUUAACUACUAUCUAUGUUGGAGCUUUGUCACUGUAUCUUUUUUUUUUUUUUUUUUUUUUUUUUUUUUUUUUUUUUUGAUACUUCUAUAAAAUCCUCAAAGGUGUAAUCGAGGCAUGCCUUUUUUAUCUGCCAAUUAUCUCCCCACUCUCACCAGGCGUCGUUCUACUUCAAGAUUUUCCUUAUCUUUUUCUCCGAGAACAAACUCUUGCAACGACUAAAAUUAAAAAUUUAUAAAUUCUGCGUUUGUUGUUAUUCUCCAGUCUGACGACUUGAAAAUAUUGGAUCUGCAUCCUCAUAAAUUAACGAUUUUCAAGGGAUCUUUUCAAGGAACCCUUAGCUCUGUAGCAACAGUAGCUAAA